AUGGCGGCGACAGUGCCGCCAGCAAACGAUGAACCGGGCAAACUCGACCCGCCUGUGGACCCGACCGAUAGCGACCUAGAUGCGGAGGGCGAAGAAGAAACCGACUUGUAUGAAAUGGAUCAGCAACUUCAAGAUGCCGUUCACCGAGCAUAUACCGGAGAAGUUGAUGAGGAUGGCCCGGAGGAAGGUGCGGAUGGAAACAACUCAAGCGUCAAUGGGUUGAACGGAGAAGAGGACGAUGACGAUAAUGAUGAGGCUGAACCUGUUGGAGCUGUCAAACUACCUGACGACGACGCGGGUUCCGAAGAAGACUACGCGGAGUCUGAGACAGCCGACGCGGAUGCCGAUCCGGGGUUUGAGGCAAAUGACCGUGACGCAUCAGAACCCGAAUCAAGUGACCACGAGUCAGAGGCCGAGGAAUGGGAAGCUGAGAGCAAUGGCGGCGAGGAUGUCGAAACGGACAUCCGUAGUGGCUCAAACUGCUUGGUUUGCAGUCAAGACGAGGAACACGAUCCAAGUGAAGAUUUUGAGGAAUGGCUCACUUGUGUUGUAUGUGGUGAUCACUCUCAUCGGCAAUGCGCGCGCGAACAAGAGGCAUACGAUGAAACGGAAGACCCAUGGAGGUGUCCUAGCUGUGUCCAAAACAAACUAGAGCCCGACACGAUAACAAAUCCAGCGGCAGAAACUGGACUCGGAGCCUCAGCCCUUCCCAAAGAGCUUUUACCCGCACACGCUGGCACACACGACGAGGGAUUCCAUUCUAUCUUCAACACAGGCGUCGACGACGAGAUGCUCAAUAGCUCGCGGUCGCUACGCAAGCGAAAGGCCUCGUCAAUCGAGGCCGAAGAACACACACCUGUGCUUCGCAAAAGACUUCGACAAACUUCUUUCCGCUCUGAUCACCCGUUGAAUGAUGCGGCUUUGGAGGGCGGGGAUCCCACUGGUGAUGAUGUCCACUCUCCUGCUCGGACACGUUCUGUACGCGUGCGACGCACUCGUGCAGUGGACCGAGAGCACUGCCGCGUGGUAACUAGGCAAUUUGGCAAAUUGAUUAUUGGGUUCCGGCUGGAUGAAGCAAAACUGUCUAAAAUAACAGGCUCUCAAAUCCGCCCUGGACGCAAGAAGAAGAAAGCACCAAAGCCGCCACCUGUGGCCCCAGAACCCCAGGCACAUUUCGUUCCCCUUCCCCCUAUAUCCUACAACUCCAUGACUUUGUUCGACCGUGAGACCGACGACGCCAAAUCAAAACCAUAUGGAGGCAUUCUGUCCGAAACCGAACAAGAUACAUCCAGGACACUCCCCACACAAUUUGACCGCGACCGAUUCGAACAGGCACGUCUGAAAGCCGAAGAGGAAUGGCAACAGAAAGUGAAGGAAGCAGAACUCAAUGGCGAAGCCACUGCGCAUGCAUCACAAAAGGUCUCUGGCCCUCCUUCAAAGAUCAAAUCUAUCAACUUCGGUGGCUACGAGAUCGAAACCUGGUAUGCAGCGCCUUACCCAGAGGAGUACAGCCGGAACCGUGUUCUGUACAUUUGCGAGUUCUGUCUCAAAUACAUGAACUCGGACUUCGUCGCCUGGCGCCAUAAACUCAAGUGUCCUGCGAAACAUCCCCCCGGUGAUGAGAUCUAUCGUGAUCGAUCCAUCUCAAUCUUCGAAGUUGAUGGGCGCAAGAACCCGGUGUACUGCCAAAACCUUUGCCUUCUUGCAAAGCUUUUCCUUGGUUCCAAGACUCUUUAUUACGACGUUGAGCCAUUCUUAUUCUAUGUCAUGACUGAGUACGACGAUCUGGGCUGCCAUUUCGUUGGCUACUUCAGUAAAGAAAAACGUCCAAGCUCAGCGAACAACGUUUCCUGCAUUCUUACCCUACCCAUCCACCAACGCAAAGGCUACGGAAACCUCCUCAUCGAUUUCUCAUACCUCCUUACCCGCAUCGAAGGCAAAAAUGGAUCGCCCGAAAAGCCGCUCUCUGACAUGGGUCUGGUGUCAUACCGGAACUACUGGCGAUUGAUUUUGUCAUACCAACUUCGUGAUCUGAAGACGCCUAUCAGCAUUGCAGAUCUGUCUGAUCGCACUGGAAUGACAGCAGAUGAUAUUGUAUCUGCCCUGGAAGGACUUCGAGCUCUCGUGCGGGAUCCCAUUACCAAGACGUACGCCAUCCGUCUCGAUCACAAAUAUUACAAUGAGGUCAUCAGUGGUUGGGAAAGCAAGGGUUAUGUCCAGCUCAAUCCAGAUGCGCUUCUCUGGACACCUUACAUUAUGGGUCAUGAAGACGAAGAUGAGACCGAGACAAGAGCGACUGACUAUGAGGGCAAUGUCCGAAUGGUGAAUGGCUCGGAUCGAGACACUCUCGCAGACUCGGCUGGACCACCUUCCACAUUGGCUCUGCGGCCUAAUGGCCCCCACCAUUCUACAGCGGGCAACUCUGAACCGCUUGCAAUCCCCAACCCUGCCGCUGGAAUCCCACCCUCCCGGUUUGAACUUUGGCCUCCUGUGCCUCCUGCAGCACCCCCUAAACGCAGACCUGGUCGCCCAUCUGGUAGUACUAAACUCAAUAACAUGACAACGACACCCACAGCUCCCCGUACUACCGGCAACGGUCGCGGCAGACCUCGACGACCAUCCGGGCUGGCAACGGUCACUCCUGGAGGUAGCAUUCGUCGUGGGAGAAGCUCUAUCCUCACGGACUCGCCCGCAGCCGAAGCAACACCUAGCAAGCCCAACGGCUCUGAACUGGAGCAGAGCGAAGUUAUUGAGGAAGAAGCUGUCGUUGAUGAGGAUGCUGAAAACGUGGCUCCUGCACCCAAAGGAGCUGCAGACAUGAGCGAAAAAGAACCAGAGCAUGUUAAUGGGAAUGCUGACGCUACGGAACCUAUCAAGACCAAUGGCGUUGAUACUGCCGAGCUCGAGUCCUCCGAGGACAAGGACACAGAAGCGCCCAGGACCCCCGAGAAGAAGAACAACUCCAUCUCGCGAUCACCUGGAACAGCAAUCUCUCGUCGAUCUAACGACAACCCUAAGACACCGCGAUCAGUCAACCGGAAGGCUUUGGUCGAGAAAGUUCACGUUGUGGUUCCCGCUGAGCCAGGGUCUGCUUCCAAGUCACCAGGCAAAGGCGAGGGUCAACAGGCCGGGGCCAAUCCCAAUGGCACCGACGCAGAUUCAGACGCAGAUGCAGACGUGGAUGCGGAUGGAGAGAUCGACGCCGAGUACGAAGUCGAUGGGGAUGUCGUGAUGCAGACAUGA